AUGGAGGCUGUGAAGGAGGCAGCACCAAAAGGACUUCGAUGGUUCCAGGUGCAAAUGAUCCCAAACCUGGAUUUUGUAAAAAACCUGGUUAGACGCGCAGAAGGCGCCGGCUACCGUGCACUCGUGGUCACUGUGGACAUGCCUGUGGAUGGAAAGAAAAUCGUGGAACGCGAGGAAAGUUCCAGUAUCCCGGGCGGAAUCAGAUGCGCCAACUUCGAGGGAAUCAUGAACUCCGAGGAUACGCUGCCUAAUGCGCCGCUUUUCAAGAGGCAAGCAUGGAGCGACCCUUCGCAGACUUGGGAUCACGUCACCUGGUUGAUGAGCAUCAGCAAGCUACCCGUGAUUGUGAAGGGAAUCACCACAGCCGAAGAUGCGGAGGAAGCCGUCAAGCGUGGUGUUUCAGCGAUCCUUGUCUCGAAUCACGGCGGUCGACAGUUUGACGGAGUCGCAGCAACCAUUGAAAUCCUCCCCGAGAUUGUGCGUGCAGUCCGUGGUCGUGUUGAGGUCUAUGUGGACGGCGGAGUUCGUCGUGGAACCGACGUGGUCAAGGCGCUGUCACUCGGAGCCAAAGCCGUGUUCGUUGGUCGUCCCGCCCUCUGGGGGCUGGCAUACAACGGGGAAGCUGGUGUCAGGAAGAUGCUUGCCAUACUCAGAGAAGAACUCGAUCGAGCGCUGGCACUAAUGGGAUGCUCGUCCGUCGGCCAACUGAGCCCCGAGAUGGUUGUACACCAAGACCACUUUCGAAGAUGGACGAGAUUUGAAAGGCGCGGAGAGUAA